AUGCAACAAAGUCAACUUCAGCAACAAUUUACUCAGGAAAAUAGAAGUCAACAAUUGCCACAAACGAUUUUAUCUAGUUCUCAAAAUCUAGUCCAAAACGCUAACACAGUGUAUUCUCAAUUCCCAAUGCAUCAUCUGCAACCAUUAAUGAACUCACAAAUCAAUUAUCCAAAUGUUCCCAGAAAUCCAAUGAAAAUUCCAAUUCCAAUACAUUCAAAUCAAAAUCAAAAUAGUCAUCAAAACGUUAUAUUUCAACCAAAUGAUUAUACCAAAGAUUAUAAAGAAUCAAUUAAAAGUCCCACAACAACUGAAACUUCAUCAAUUGAACAAAAUGAUAAAGAUUUAAAAGAAAUGAAUUUGGAUGAACAAAUUAAAUCAAAAAUCUUGAGUGAAUUAAAAGAUUUAUCAAAUUUAACUGAUUCAAAUUUAAGAAAUUUAAUUAGUAAAACUUGUCAAUUAAAUGAAUUUAAAGAAUUUGUUCAAAAAUUGGAUAAAAUUGUUGAAAAUAAUUGA